CGUCACCCGGAAGCUCUCUGGGUCAACAUGGCGGCGCCCAUCGCUAAGACGGAGCCGGCCUGGCGUCCAUGGCCAGCCGCGUGAGGAGGUGCUGGUCUGACUAGCUGAGGCAUGAGCUGGAUGCGGGCCAUCCUGCUGGCCCCGGGCCUUUCAAAGGCCUGGGGAGGCAUCUGUGGGACUACCCUCACAGGAUCCCCCUUCUCUCAGGUGCCACUCCAGGCUUCCCGGGGCCUGCAUUGCAGUGCUUCUGCUCACCGGGAGCCACCUGCCCCACGAGCCCCCGAGCCGGCCAGGGCACCGGAGCCUGGGGAGGAGGAGCUGUUCGCACCUGGCAGGGCCCUGGGCCCAGGCGGCUUCGCACAAGCCCUGCAUGCCUUCACCCGGCACAGCGUGCGCCGGCGCGGGCUCGUGGACUUCAUCUACCUGGCGCUGCGCAAGAUGCCCGAGUUCGGCGUGCAGCGGGACCUGGCUGCCUACAACCAGCUGCUUGACGUCUUCCCCAAGGAGGUCUUCCGGCCCCGCAACAUCUUCCAGCACAUCUUUGUGCACUACCCGCGGCAGCAGGAGUGCGGGCUUGCCGUCCUGGAGCAGAUGGAGCGAUUUGGAGUCAUGCCCAACAAAGAAACAGAGUUCCUGCUGAUUCAGAUAUUCGGACGCAAAAGCUACCCCAUGCUCAAGUACCUGCGCAUGAGGCUGUGGCUCACCCGAUUCCAACACGUCAACCCAUUCCCUGUGCCGCGUGACCUGCCCCAGAACCCCGUGGACCUGGCAAGGCUGGGUCUGCGGCACGUGGAGCCCGACCUCAGUGCCCGGGUCACCGUCUACCAGAUGCCUUUGCCCAAUGAUGUGACAAGCACAGAGGAGGCCACAAAACCCCAUAUUGUCGGAAUCCAGAGUCCUGAUCAGCAGGCGGCCCUGGCCCGCCACAACCCGGCCCGGCCUGUCUUCGUGGAGGGUCCCUUCUCCCUGUGGCUACGUAACAAGUGUGUCUAUUACCACAUCCUCAGAGCUGACCCACUACCCCCUGAGGAGAGGGAAACGGAGGAGAUCCCUGAGGAAUGGAACCUCUACUAUCCCAUGAAGCUGGACCUAGAGUAUGGCAGGAGCGGCUGGGAUGACUAUGAAUUUGACAUGGAUGAAGUGGAAGAAGGCCCCAUCUUCGCCAUGUGCAUGGCAGGAGCAAACGACCAGACCACACUAGCCAAGUGGAUCCAGGGCCUGCAGGAGACCAACCCAGCCCUGGCCCAGAUCCCCGUGAUCUUCCGCCUGGCAAGGGUUUCAGGGGAGCUCUUGACGUCCUCAGGAAUAGAAGAGCCACCUGAACCCCUUUCCACGGGUGACCAGGACGAUGACAACCAUCAGCGACAGCAGCAGAGCCACAGGGGAUCCUGAGCAGGCAUAAGGGCACAGGCUGCUGCUUGUGGAGGCCGUGGACUAGCGUGGGCCGAGGGUGAACUUUUGAGUGUACAGAAAAUAAAAAUAUUCUUGCUUGGG